GGGGGCUCAUUUUUUCUCUGGAAUUUUACCUUCUUGGCCAUACCCUGCUUUGGCAGUAGUGGUCAAGACUCAAGAGAGGCGGCAGUGAAGAAAAAGCUGCCUGAAUUGGUUUGGGUCUUGUGUGUAGCAAGUGCGGGACCCUUAAUAUGCUAAGCAAGCUGGGGUGUCCUGGCUUAAGCAAUCCCCAUCCUUUUGCGUAUACGGCAUAAGACAGCCAUAGAACCCGCAUUUUCGAGCACGUUCCCACUGGACUUGAGCUUAGUUGUUGCUGUCCAAGAAUCGCAUAUGCCGAUCCGUUCUUGGUGACAAGUGCAAAGAACAACGAUAAUAAGGACGGCAGCCGUUCUUUCACGAGGACCGAUAUAACUCGGCGCGCCCGCCCUUGAACGGUGUCCGGCAUCCGAAGCCGUGAGCCCAGGCCGCUAUGUCCGGCACUACCAGCACCGACCCGAGGAUAACGGCGGCGAUCGAGGCUGGGCGAAUCCCGAAAGGAAUCAGCAUUGCCUGGUUAGAGCAAUCCCGAGACAAACCCGCGACUGGCGCCAUUAUCUUUGUCACCUUGCUGACGGGCGUCUUUGUGCUAUGCCGAAUCGCUUCAAGAGCCUUUGUGCUGAGGCGAACCGGACUUGAUGACUGGUUAGCGCUACUGAGUCUGGCCCUUCUUAUAGCGUUUGUGGUGCUGGAUAUCCAAUCGAUCGACAUUGGAUCGGGGCGGCACUAUGAUUAUAUCAUAUACGUGCUGACGCCGGAGGAGGUCAACCGCAGUGAGAUUGUCGACUUUGCGGCACACAUUGUCUACACGGUGGCGUUGCUGAUCUGUCGUGUAUCGGGCUUGACCUUUUACCACCGCAUCUGCAGCAUCCACCGCGGGUUCCGACUGGCGAUUCAGGUGCUGAUGGGCGUCCUGGUGGCGGGCUUCCUGCCGCAGCUGUUCCUCAUCAUUUUCCACUGUACUCCGGUGACGGGACUGUGGCCAUACACGCAGACCAACAACUGGCAGGAGGGCGUCGAGGACUACGAGUGCUUGCCAUGGGGUCUCGUGUACAGUGUCAACUCGGCCGUGUCGCUGUUUUGCGACUUUUUGCUGUUUGGCAUCCCGUUGGCCAUGAUCCGGAUGCUUGAUCUGCCGCGCAAGCGGAGACUGCAGCUGGCGUGCAUUUUGCUGCCUGGCGUCUUGGUUACCUGCAUCUCGAUUGCUCGUUUGGUGCUGGUCAUCGAAGGUCAGUGGAACAAGGACAUGUCAUGGACGUACAACGCCUUGUUGGCGGUUGAGGUAUCCGAGAUUGGCGCGACCUUGAUCUCCUUGUCGAUUCCCGGAAUCAAGCCCAUGUGGGACAAGUACAUCAGGAGAAGGGGCCACGAUUCCAGUUCUGGGGGACGUUCUCGUUCGGGGCACUCGACCAAGGGCGGCGGCACCAAGGGCACAUCGAUAACGCUGAACAAUCUCAGCCUGCGGCCCCAGCACCUCAACAAGCUGGGCUCCACCAGCGACUGCACGUACAACGACACCAAGAGCCGCAACCGUGACAACGACGACGACGACGGGACGGCCAGCACCGAAGGCAUCAUGGUGCGGGUGGAUUUUGAUUUGACGACGGAGAGCGAGACGAACUCGCAGUACCGGCGGUCCAAGGCUAUCGAAGCGCAAGUAGUUUGAGAAGGUUGAACCAAUGGAUGUGAAUUUGUUUACUUUUCUAAUGGGAACUGGUGAUGGUGGGAGGCCGGGAUUGGAGAGAUGGAUGUCAUGAUGGAGUUCAGGUCUGCUUGCUUGGCGCGGUUUCGUUAUGUUUUGCGAACCAUGAGGUACCAUAGAGGUUCUAGUCUAGUAUUUUAGCGGCAGUGGAAGCACGGGCCAUGACCAGAGCUGUUAGUGCCCCCUCACCAACUCUGCUGUCCACGCCGCCGGGGAAACAAGACAGGGACAGCUCAUCUAACGCAAC